AUGAAUAUUUUUGUGAUAUUUCUCUCUAUAUUGAUCCUGGUAAUUCAAACAAGAUGCCAAUUUAUGGGAGGAUGUGGCUGUAGGUAUGUUGUUUAAAUUUCAGAAGUAUUCUCAAAUACUGAUGUUUUUCAGUAUGGGUGGAUGUGGUUGUGGUCAACCAACAAUAAUAGUUCAACAAACUCCUCAUUAUAUGGCAGCUCCUCCGCCAAUGAUUGCACCUCCUCCUCCGCCACCUCCCCCGCCUCCGCCUCCCCCACCAACUCAUUUCUAUAUGCCAAUGGCGCCUCCACCUCCUCCGGCUCCUGUUUAUGCGCAACCCCCUCCUCUUCCACCCCCUCCGGCUCCUGUUUAUGCGAUGCCUCCACCAGUUGCAGCUCCACCGCCUCCUCCACCAAUGUAUCUUCCACCAACACAUUAUCACGGUGUUAUGUAUGGAAAAAGAAGAAAGUAA